AUGCUCCUAACUACCGAUACCCUCUACAUUCUCACGACUCAGAAGAAAGCCAAAUACCUGGACCAGAUCAAGGGCGGCCGGUUCCCCGUCGAGGUGCUUGUCAAGGGCAAGGACGCGGCCGAAAACGAGAGGCACUUUAUCAAAAUCACAGAUGCCAUCAAGGCAGCAGGGAAGAAGGUCGGUGUGCUUACCAAAGACACCUCCAGCGGCCCGUUCAUCGAUGAGUGGAAGAAGAUUUAUGCCGACAACUGCAAAGAUGUGGAACAGGUCGAGAUCGCUCCUGCACUCUCCACCGCUGCCUUCUCUGUGAAGGACGAGGCAGAGCUCCGCGCCAUGCGUAGCUCAUCCAAGGCCUGCGUGGCCCUUUUGACCCCGUACUUCCUCGACGAAAUGUCCAACAUCCUCGAUCAAGACAAGAAGAUCAAGCACAGCGCCUUGGCCGACAAGGUGUACAACAAAUUGGAGGACGAGAAUUUCUGGAAGUCUGUCCAGCUUCCCAAUCGCCAGAAAUUACCGAGCGAUUUUGACCCAGAACAGCUUGACUGGGUCUUGGGUCCUAUUGUGCAGAGCGGCGGAAAAUUCGACCUCAAGUGGCAGCAGGACUCAGACGACGAGAUCCUCCACCCUGGUAUCAUCAUUGCGGCCAUGGGCCUGAGAUACAAGUCAUACUGCUCGCAGAUUGCCAGAACCUUUAUGGUGGACCCCAACAAGUCCCAGGAGAGCAACUACAAGUUUUUGCUCUCUGUUCACAACAUGAUCCUGAAGGGGAUCCGGGACGGGGUGGUGGUCAAGGAUGUCUACUCCAAGGCUCUUGGCUUGAUCAAAUCAAAGAAGCCCGAGCUCGAGAAGCAUUUCUUGAAGAAUGUGGGCUACGGAAUUGGUCUUGAGAACAAGGACCCCACUUUGGUUCUCAACGCCAAGAACCAAAGGACUCUGCGGGAUGGCAUGACACUUGUCAUCACCACUGGAUUCAGCGACAUUCAGAACCCCAACCCACAGGAUAAGAAUAGCAAGACUUACUCCUUGGUUCUCACCGACACAGUCCGCGUCACCGCUGCAGAGCCAGUGGUGUUCACAGGCGAGGCUCCCGUGGAGGUUGAUGCUACCUCUUUCUUCUUCAAAGACGAGGAUGAGGCUCAGCCAACCCCCAAAAAGGAAAAGAGAGACUCGCGAGUCGGUGCUGUUGCUACUAAGAACAUCACUAGCACUCGCCUGCGCUCUGAACGCAACACGGCGGUGGAUGACGACGCUGAAAAGAGGCGUCGCGCUCAUCAAAAGGAGCUUUCAGCAAAGAAGCAGGCCGAGGGUUUGGCCAAGUAUGCCGAGUCCACGGCCGAUCAAAACGGCGUAGAGGUGAAGAAGUUCAAGCGCUUCGAGUCGUACAAGCGCGAUAACCAGUUUCCACCCAAGGUCAGGGAUAUGGGCAUUGUUAUUGACCAAAAGAACGCCACCAUCGUUCUGCCAGUGAUGGGCAGACCCGUUCCGUUCCACGUCAAUACCAUCAAGAAUGCCAGCAAGAGUGAUGAAGGCGAGUGGUCAUUCCUGCGCAUCAACUUCCUGUCACCUGGUCAGGGUGUUGGACGCAAGGAUGAUCAGCCAUUCGAGGAUGCCUCGGCUCACUUCGUCAGAAGCUUGACCUUCCGUUCGACUGAUGGUGAUCGGUAUACCGACAUUGCCAACCAAAUUGCCAACCUCAAGCGCGAGGCCGUCAAGAAGGAGCAGGAGAAGAAGGACCUGGAGGAUGUUAUCGAGCAGGACAAGCUGGUUGAGAUAAGAAACCGCCGCCCCGCUGUUUUGGAUAACGUCUUCAUUCGGCCGGCCAUGGAAGGCAAGCGUGUGCCAGGUAAGGUAGAGAUUCACCAGAACGGUCUCCGCUACCAGUCACCAUUGAGCACCACCCAACGUGUCGACAUUCUCUUCUCCAACGUCCGCCACCUGUUUUUCCAGCCCUGCGAGCACGAGUUGAUUGUCAUCAUCCACGUCCACCUCAAGGACCCCAUCCUCUUCGGCAAGAAGAAGACAAAGGAUGUGCAGUUUUAUCGUGAAGCCACCGAUAUCCAGUUUGACGAAACCGGCAAUAGGAAGCGGAAGUACAGGUAUGGUGACGAGGACGAAUUCGAAGCCGAGCAGGAGGAGCGCCGUCGUCGCAACGAGCUCGAUAGGCUGUUUAAGAGCUUUGCCGACAAGAUAGCCGAAGCGGGCAAGAACGAGGGAUUGGAAGUGGACAUGCCGCUCCGCGAGAUAGGAUUCAAUGGCGUGCCCUUCCGUAGUAACGUGUACAUCCAGCCCACGACCGAGUGUCUGAUCCAGAUCACGGAACCGCCAUUCAUGGUCAUCACGCUGGACGACAUUGAAAUCGCCCAUCUGGAACGUGUGCAAUACGGUCUCAAGAACUUUGAUCUGGUCUUUAUCUUUAAGGACUUUACUCGACCGCCAGCGCACAUCAACACCAUCCCGGUUGAGUCGCUCGAGGACGUGAAAGAGUUUCUGGACUCCGUUAACAUCGCCUACUCGGAGGGUCCCCUGAACCUCAACUGGUCGGUCAUCAUGAAGACCGUCACGGCAGACACGCACCAGUUCUUUUUGGACGGCGGCUGGGGUUUCCUCCAGAACGACUCGGACGAGGAGGGCGGGUCUGACGAGGAGGAGGAGGAGUCGGCGUUUGAGAUUAGCGAGUCGGAGCUGGAUGUUGCCAGCGAGUCGAGCGAGGAGGACUCGGACUUUGACAGUAAUGCGUCUGCCGAGGCUAGUGAUGAGGCGGAGAUGUCUGAUGAGGAGGAGGGGGAGGAUUGGGAUGAGCUGGAGAAGAAGGCGAGGAAGAGGGAUAGGGAGAGUGGGUUGGAGGAGGAGGAUAAUAAGAAGGGGACCAAGAAGCAGAAGAGAAGGUAAAUUUGGAUGGGGUAAAGGAGAGAGAAAGGGGAAAAGAAAAACUGGUGAUGAUGAUGGUUUGGACUUCUAUUUUUUUUUUUUGAUGGGGUCUUUAGCAGGUUAUCGUCUAUUGACUGGUCUGGUUCUGUUGAAGGGAUAGGGAAGUGGGGUACCAACAAAGUGUAUAUGUAUUUUUCUAGGCUUUUUCUUUUUAGUAAAAACGGAAAGGAAAGGUUUUUUUUCAUUGUCUUAAUUUGAUAACCUACCUUGUCACCCUUUUCUAUCUUGUUGGACACAGAAUGGCAUGGCUGGGGUGGUCCAGGCAACAAGGCGAUGAGUUCGCAUCUUGGGGUUUGUAUAGCAAGCAGCUUGUCUAGCUAGGUAGUGUUGGUUAUUGUAUGACUAUUUUGCAUGAAAUUUCCCUUCCCUCAUUGUGACCAUUAUCGCCAUGUAGACCUAUGUGCGUGCAAAGUAAAUCGUAAAAAGCAAAUGGCCAGCAAAUAUAAAACAGUCAGCACCACAGAGAUCUUGCUGUUCCAAAUGUUUCACCACUCCACACCCAGCACACACAACCUCCCCACCCUCGGCGACCACCCAAACGUCAGCGUCACUCUCGAAUACAACAGCCGCUCCUCCACGUCCCUCAGCGAAUCGUUAUCAAGCCUAGUCAGCACCUUCCACGACUCAUAACUCUGCUUUGCCACCAC